AUGAAGAGAACAGGCUCCAACAGCAUCGUUCAACAGUUAAUUUCCCACAACAGCAGCAACACAUCGAGCCUCACUAAAACAACAAGACAAUACUAUUCAUACAACAAUCGUUACGUUUUCAAUUCUUCUCCAUCAAGCAAAUCAAACAACAUAAUUUUUAAUAAUUGGAUCAUGAAAGAUGUUGUUCCGAACAGCAAAUUGUUUGGUAAUACAAUCACAUUCGGCCAAAUACGGUGUUACACCACUACUAAUUGGUUGAAGGAGAAAGAAGCAUCAACAAAUGAUAGUGAUGGUACAAAUACUUCAGCACCUUCGUCCGAACAAAUCACUCUUGAUUUGACUGAUUGCAAGAACGAGUGGGUUGCAAAGUUGGCAAGGGAAAGAAGUGGUUUCAUUAGCAUAUCCUCCGAUAUGCAGCGCCGGUUAGAAGGUGAAAUAUGUGAAUGGUUAAGAAUGGAAAGAGCUAAUCCAAAAUAUGAUUACCUUCGUAAUUUACAGGAUCCAACUAAGAUGAAAAAACUAGAAACGCUAAUUGGUUCAAAUAUUGAACUCCCUAUCUUCGAACAAGCUGAUUUAGUACCAAAAUACUUUGAUCCAAAAGCUAAAUAUCUAUUCACUCGUCAACGGUUUGAUAUACUGAAAAGAGUUGUUAGUGGUGAAAAAGGAUUUGUUUUCUCUGGUCCUUAUGGAAUCUCCAAAUCAUACGCACUAUAUUUGAUAGCUGCCUAUGCUUUUGUAAACUCAAUUCCAGUGCUCUAUAUUCCAAAAUGUGCCAUAUGGAAAAAUUGUUACUUUUCAAAUCAGAAACAUGGCGCCAACCAGUAUUUACUUGAAUCGUUUUUAUCUUUGAACAAUGACAUUCUAUCUCCAAGUGUUCUUUCCGAGUUAGAGCAAUCAGACAAUAUUGUUUACUACUUGAGCCGACAGGUUGCACAAAACAAGCCAGUUUUCUAUCUAUUCGAUGAACACCAUGAAUUAUUUAUACCUGACACUAAGGGCAAUAUUAUUGCAACAGAACCAUAUUUCCAAGAUUUUAUCAAGUGGACAGGUUCUACUGACGGUUCAAAAACAAUGACCAUCUAUUGUGGAAGUGGUCAUAGUACUUUUGAAGAUUAUUUGCCUGUAGGAGAAAGUACGAAAAUUGUCAAAAUUGUUCCACCAACAGCAACAGAAUUUGAAACACUUGUUGCUGAUUUCGGGUUAGAUCCAAGUGAUAAAAGAAUUGAAUUUGUGACAGGAAGAACUCCAAGGAUUUUGAAAAAUUUAGCCUAUUUUUUGAGAGAUAAGGAUGGUACUGAUGAUGAUUUUAAUAACUUUAUCAAUUCAUCAUGGAAUAAUUAUAUUAGUAGAUUGAGUAAUAUGUAUAAAAAGCUGACGGUUCAAGGGAAGAAGAGCUUUUUUAGUACGGCAGAGGGACUGUUCACUUUAGCUCUUCAUAGUGGAAGACCUACUAAGGUUGACAGCAUUGUUUACGAUCAGGGUUUACUGUACAAAGAUAGUUCUGAAAAGCUAUUUAUUGUAAACGAGCCUGCAAAGAGAUGUUUAUUCGAAUUUUAUUGCUUUCAUUUUCCAAUCUCAGGCAUACCUGCAUCGAUAUCAGCAUCAAAAAAGGGUGCGUUGUUUAAACAAUACUUACUCAUGCAGGAAUUUUCUAUUGAGAAACAUGUUGGAACAUUCUAUACAACAAAUAACAAGAAUAUUCCCAUUCAACAAACUAUUAGCUAUGAAAUUAACACACACCAGAGUUUGAGUCUGACAGAUAUGCGUGUUCUUGAUGCUAUUAAUUAUCCAAAAGGAACCGGAGUGCUAUUCGUUCCAGAGUCUAAAAUCUUCCCCAGUUUUGAUUAUGCUAUUAUUAUGUAUUGUGGUGAGAAAGUGGAAAUAAUAUUGAAACAAACGACAAUUUCUACUGUUGACUCUCAUUAUUGCCACAAUACCUCAUGCAAAAUGACGGACUUAAGUAAUUUAUUGACCCCGCAGUAUUAUAUAGAAAAAGGUCAGGCAAUGCUAUCAAAGUCGUUAAAAGUGCCAAAGCCAUACCUCUUUUCAUUGCUUGAAUUGAUUCUUCGCGGAGUAAUCAACGAAAGAAAAGUGAAUUCGGAAGAGGUAACAGUUGAAAAAAAAGAAAAAGACGGUACAAAGAAACUGUUAACUCUAAAUUUGGAACCCAACAAACAGCAACUACAUUUCAUAGACAAAAAAAAUACACUUGUGAAAUCAAUCACAUAUGGUGAUAUACAAUUCACAUGGCAUUAUGUUUACGAAUCCGGCACCGAUGGUUCUCAUCAAUCUGUGAAAAAGGUUAAGGAGAAUGGUAUUCUUUACAGAAAUAGACAAGAAAUUGCCGAACGUAUGAAGGUGUUUUUCAAGUAA